AUGACAAACUUAGAAAACAUCUGUGGCAAGUUUAACUCCUCAAUAGAGAAUAUGAAACUUAUAGUAUGUAACGAACUUCAAAGUAUAGAUACAACAAAAGUUUUGAACUCAGAUGCUUUGAAGAGUCUUAUAACAGACAAAGUUGGAGUUGUUGAAAGAAAGUAUAAAGACCAAAGAGUUUGUGAAAAUGUUGCAAAUUUCAUUAUGGUUUCAAACAAUGCUGUUCCGAUGAAGUUAGAAAGUUCUGACAGAAGAUAUGUAGUUGUCAGAACGUCAGAAGCUCAUAUGCAAGAUACAGAAUAUUUUGACGACUUAGCAGAAACUUUGACAUCUGACUUUUACAACCACUUGUUCUCAUAUUUUAUGACAUUAGAUAUUUCUAAGUUCAAUCCAAGACAAAUUCCACAUACCGAAGAGAGACAAACAUUGUUAGAAGCAAACAAGAGUGUAUAUGAACUGUUCAUAGAUGAAACUGACUUUGAGUGUUUAGAUGAAAGGUCAUUGUACGAUUCGUAUAAACAAUAUUGUCAAGAAUAUGGUUAUAUGACAGCGUCUAAACGAACAUUCUUGGCAAAUGUCAAAAGUCUUUUAGAUGUUCAGAAUGGUGUAUAUACAAAGAAAAAUUUUUAUGAGUAA